CCUCGCCGCGUUCUCGUAUCUCUACCUUUGACUUCUCUCUUCUUGUCCCGCAAUGUCCUGGCAAGCGUACGUUGACACGAACCUCGUCGGAAGUGGCAAGGUGUCGAAGGCGGCCAUUAUCGGUCUCAGCGGUGGUGUUUGGGCGUCCUCUCCGGGGUACACGCUAUCAACACAGGAGCAGAAGGACAUCGUCGCUGCUUUCAACAAUCCCGCUGCUGCGCAAGCUAACGGAAUUCGGCUCGCUGGACAGAAGUUCUUCACGCUUCAGGCGAACGACCGUAGUAUAUACGGAAAGAAGGCGGCCGAUGGGUGCAUCCUCGUAAAGACGAAGCAAGCCGUGCUCGUAACAGAGUACAUUACCCCUCUACAGGCUCCCGAGUCGACACCAGUCGUCGAAGGCCUCGCCGAUUACUUGAUCAGUGUUGGAUACUGACUUGAGCAUACG